CCUUCCAGAGCAGCCGCAGUCCGGUGUCCGUCGAGUGCUCCGAGCGGGGAAAGUUCAUCAGCUUGAUAAUGGAGGAGAACAAUGACUCCACCGAGAACCCCCAACAAGGCCAAGGGAGGAAUAAUGCCAUGAAGUGUGGGUGGCUGAGGAAGCAAGGAGGCUUUGUCAAGACUUGGCAUACUCGCUGGUUUGUGCUCAAGGGAGAUCAGCUCUACUAUUUCAAAGAUGAAGAUGAAACAAAGCCCUUGGGUACUAUUUUUCUGCCUGGAAAUAAAGUCCUUGAACAUCCCUGCAAUGAAGAGAGCCCAGGAAAAUUCCUUUUUGAAGUAGUUCCAGGAGGCAGUGGUGAUCGAGAUCGGAUGACAGCAAACCAUGAGAGCUACCUCCUUAUGGCGAGCACCCAGAAUGAUAUGGAAGACUGGGUUAAGUCCAUCCGUCGAGUCAUAUGGGGACCUUUUGGUGGAGGCAUUUUUGGACAGAAACUUGAAGACACUGUCCGUUAUGAGAAGAGAUAUGGGAACCGUCUGGCUCCAAUGUUGGUGGAGCAGUGUGUGGACUUUAUCCGACAAAGGGGGCUGAAGGAAGAGGGUCUGUUCCGACUGCCAGGCCAGGCUAACCUCGUUAAGGAGCUCCAGGAUGCCUUUGACUGUGGAGAGAAGCCAUCAUUUGACAGCAACACAGAUGUACACACAGUGGCAUCACUUCUUAAACUGUAUCUCCGAGAACUUCCAGAACCAGUUAUUCCUUAUGCAAAGUAUGAAGAUUUUUUGUCCUGUGCCAAACUGCUCAGCAAGGAAGAGGAAGCUGGCAUUAAGGAAUUAGCAAAGCAGGUGAAGAGUUUGCCUGUGGUCAAUUACAACCUCCUGAAGUAUAUUUGCAGGUUCUUGGAUGAAGUGCAGUCCUAUUCUGGAGUUAACAAAAUGAGUGUGCAGAACUUGGCCACUGUCUUUGGCCCUAAUAUCCUGCGCCCUAAAGUGGAAGAUCCUUUGACCAUCAUGGAGGGCACGGUGGUGGUCCAGCAGUUGAUGUCAAUGAUGAUUAGCAAACACGAUCGCCUCUUCCCCAAAGAUGCAGAACUGCAAAGCAAACCCCAAGAUGGCACGAGCAAUAACAACAAUGAAAUUCAGAAGAAAGCCACCAUGGGCCAGCUACAGAAUAAGGAGAACAAUAAUACCAAGGACAGUCCUGGUAGGCGGUGCUCUUGGGACAAGUCCGAGUCUCCCCAGAGAAGUGGUGUGGAUAAUGGAUCCCCCACAGCUCUACCAGGUAGUAAAACCAACAGCCCAAGGAACAGCGUUCACAAGCUGGACGUCUCUAGAAGCCCCCCUCUUAUGGUCAAAAAGAAUCCUGCCUUCAAUAAGGGCAGUGGGAUAGUCACCAAUGGGUCCUUCAGCAGCAGUAAUGCCGAAGGCCUGGAGAAAACCCAAACCACUCCCAAUGGGAGCUUACAGGCCAGAAGGACCUCUUCACUGAAGGGGUCUGGUACCAAAAUGGGCACCCACAGUGUACAGAAUGGAACGGUGAGAAUGGGCAUUUUGAACCCCGACAUGCUUGGGAACCCCGUGAACGGUCGCAGCAUGAGCUGGCUGCCCAAUGGCUACGUGACCCUGAGGGAUAACAAGCAGAAAGAACAAGCAGGGGAGUCAGGCCAGCACAACAGACUCUCCACCUAUGAUAACGUCCAUCAGCAGUUCUCCAUGAUGAACCUUGAUGACAAGCAGAGUGUCGACAGCGCCACCUGGUCCACUUCCUCCUGUGAAAUCUCCCUCCCGGAGAAUUCCAACUCCUGUCGCUCUUCCACCACCACCUGCCCAGAGCAAGACUUUUACGGGAGUAAUUUUGAGGACCCUGUUUUGGAUGGGCCCCCACAGGAUGACCUCUCCCACCCUGGGGACUAUGAAAACAAAAGUGACCGGAGGAGUGUGGGAGGUCGAAGCAGUCGUGCCACCAGCAGCAGCGACAACAGUGAGACGUUUGUGGGCAACAACACCAGCAACCACAGUGCCCUGCACAGUUUAGUGUCCAGCCUGAAACAGGAGAUGACCAAACAGAAGAUAGAGUAUGAGUCCCGGAUAAAGAGCUUAGAACAGCGAAACUUGACUUUGGAAACAGAAAUGAUGAGCCUCCAUGAUGAACUGGAUCAAGAAAGGAAAAAGUUCACAAUGAUAGAAAUCAAAAUGCGAAAUGCAGAGCGAGCAAAAGAAGAUGCAGAGAAAAGAAACGACAUGCUUCAGAAAGAAAUGGAGCAGUUUUUUUCCACUUUUGGGGAGCUGACAGUGGAACCCAGGAGAACCGAGAGAGGAAACACGAUAUGGAUCCAGUGA